UUUUGAAAAUGCUUCGUCUCAAAUUCGCCCACGACUUUAGUAGAUAUCCCUAAUGUUCGAAGUAACUAGUUUCUGUAGUUUCCGCAUUUGAGAAGGGCAAAAGGAUCAUUGCCCUUUAUUAAAGGAUGCAACCCCCCUUUUCCCUAUCAAAGUCGGAAAAGCAAGCCAAGCCGAAAGGACGUUCUCUUUUUCUUUUGCGCCGUCUCGUUGCUCUAGGGUUCCGGUUUCCAAUCACUCUCCGUCUGUCCCCUUCAAUUCCCUUCUGUCGUUUGAGUUUUUGUUCCACAAAGAACAAGUUGCAGUAUCUUCGUGGGCUACCUUUGGCAGGUAAACAACAAAGAACAGGAUGGGCCAGAUUCAGUAUUCUGAGAAAUAUUUUGAUGAUACCUACGAAUACAGGCACGUUGUCCUUCCUCCUGAAGUUGCCAAAUUGCUUCCGAAGAACAGACUUCUCUCAGAGAAUGAAUGGAGGGCAAUUGGAGUACAGCAGUCUCGUGGGUGGGUGCAUUACGCAAUACAUCGCCCUGAACCACACAUCAUGCUCUUCAGGAGACCUCUGAAUUAUCAACAGGAAAACCAGCAACCAGUUCAGGCAGCUGCCAAAUAAUGACCCUUUCUGUUUUCUCAGCAGGAUCUGCUCUUGCUGCGUCUUCCCAAUGUUUCUGCCUGGAGACGAGAACCGUAGUAGGGUUUGUGAAACGUCAAUGUUAGUUGGACAGAUGGAAUACAGAAGGCAUUGGAACCAUGCCGCUUGUUUCCGUUUUGGUGGUUACACAUAGAAACAAUUAUUCUGCUUUUGUACUUUCACUACAUGUUUGUGUCUUGAGAUUGGCUUCAUCUCAAUUAUGAAGUUUGGGCUUCUUUAAUGUUGCUA